GAGGGGAGGGGAGGGGAGAGCGGUGGCGGCGGCGGCUGCGCCGGGCUGUGCGCCUCUCGCCGCCGGAGGAAGAUGAGGCUGAAGAUCGGGCUCCUCUUACGCAGUUUGCUGGUGGUGGGCAGCUUCCUGGGGCUGGUGGUCCUCUGGUCCUCCCUGUCCCCGCGGCCGGACGAGCCGAGCCCGCUGAGCAGGAUGAGGGAAGACAGAGCUGUUAAUAACCCCAUGCCUGACAGAGGGGGCAACGGACUAGCCCUCGGGGAUGACAGAUUCAAACCCGUGGUGCCCUGGCCUCACGUGGAAGGCGUAGAAGUGGACUUGGAGUCUAUUCGAAGAAGGAACAAGGCCAGACAUGAACAAGAGCGCCGCUCCGGAGGAGAGGACCAGAAAGACAUCAUGCAGAGGCAAUAUCUCACGUUUAAGCCCCAGACUUUCACCUACCAUGAUCCUGUGCUCCGCCCGGGGGUCCUCGGUAACUUUGAGCCCAAAGAGCCUGAGCCUCCCGGAGUGGUCGGUGGGCCUGGAGAGAAAGCCAAGCCGUUGGUUCUGGGACCAGAAUUCAAACACGCAGUUCAAGCCAGCAUUAAAGAGUUUGGAUUUAACAUGGUGGCUAGUGACAUGAUCUCCUUGGACCGCAGUGUGAACGACUUGCGACAGGAAGAAUGCAAGUACUGGCAUUACGAUGAAAACCUGCUCACAGCCAGCAUCAUCAUCGUCUUCCAUAAUGAAGGGUGGUCCACCCUCAUGAGAACAGUCCACAGUGUAAUUAAAAGGACUCCAAGGAAAUACUUAGCAGAAAUCGUGUUAAUUGAUGAUUUCAGUAACAAAGAACACUUAAAAGAAAAACUGGAUGACUAUAUUAAACUGUGGAAUGGCCUAGUCAAGGUAUUUCGAAAUGAGAGAAGAGAAGGUUUAAUUCAGGCACGAAGUAUCGGUGCCCAGAAGGCCAAACUUGGACAGGUUUUAAUAUACCUCGAUGCCCACUGUGAGGUGGCGGUUAACUGGUAUGCGCCGCUUGUAGCUCCCAUAUCUAAGGACAGAACCACAUGCACUGUGCCUCUAAUAGAUUACAUAGAUGGGAAUGACUAUUCCAUUGAGCCUCAGCAAGGUGGGGAUGAAGAUGGUUUUGCCAGAGGGGCCUGGGACUGGAGUUUGCUAUGGAAGCGAAUCCCCCUGAGUCACAAGGAAAAGGCCAAAAGAAAACAUAAAACUGAACCUUAUCGGUCCCCAGCCAUGGCUGGAGGGUUAUUCGCCAUCGAAAGAGACUUCUUCUUUGAGCUGGGUCUCUACGAUCCAGGCCUCCAGAUUUGGGGUGGUGAAAACUUUGAGAUCUCAUACAAGAUCUGGCAAUGUGGAGGCAAGUUGCUGUUUGUCCCUUGUUCCCGUGUUGGGCACAUCUACCGUCUUGAGGGCUGGCAGGGGAACCCCCCACCCGUCUAUGUCGGGUCUUCUCCUACCCUAAAGAAUUAUGUUAGAGUUGUGGAGGUCUGGUGGGAUGAGUACAAAGACUACUUCUAUGCCAGUCGCCCUGAAUCGAAGGCCUUAGCAUAUGGGGAUAUAUCAGAGCUGAAGAAGUUUCGAGAAGAUCACAACUGUAAGAGUUUCAAAUGGUUCAUGGAAGAAAUAGCUUAUGACAUCACCUCACACUACCCUCUGCCGCCCAAAAAUGUCGACUGGGGAGAAAUCAGAGGCUUUGAAACUGUGUACUGCAUCGACAGCAUGGGGAAAACCAAUGGAGGCUUUGUGGAGCUGGGCCCCUGCCACAGGAUGGGCGGGAAUCAGCUUUUCCGAAUCAAUGAAGCCAAUCAGCUCAUGCAGUACGACCAGUGUUUGACGAAGGGGCCUGAUGGAUCCAAAGUUAUGAUUACACACUGCAAUCUGAAUGAAUUUAAGGAAUGGCAGUACUUCAAGAACCUGCACAGACUGACUCACAUUUCUUCUGGAAAGUGCUUGGAUCGCUCGGAGGUCCUCCAUCAAGUAUUCAUCUCCGACUGCGACUCCAGCAAAAUGACUCAAAAGUGGGAGAUAAAUAACAUCCAUAGUGUUUAGAAGGAAUGAAAGAAAUCAGUAACCUACCUACUGACACGUAAACGUAUACAGGACUGAAAGCCGCCUGAAACCUGCUGCAACUGUUGUCACCUGUACAGCUCCAAACCCAGAGGCUCCGUGCGAGCCUGAGGAUGUUGAUAAACUGUGACUUUUACAAUAACAUGAUCAUCUGCAGUUACUGUUUACAAAACUGCUUUUACCUUAAACUUUGUAGAUGUUUACAUCUUUUUUGUUUUGUUUUAAGAUGAUGUUGGUAAUCUUUGCGUUUAGCUCUGUUUUAUUUAGAACAGAGUUAAAAGCAUUGUUGUCUUCUUUGGGAUUACACUCAGGGGUCUGAAAGGCAGUUUGAUUUUUUUUUUUUUUUAACACACUUGAAAAAAAAAAAGGUUGGAGUAACCAGACUUUCCUAUGUAACUUGGUGAUUAUCAACCUGUUGUGUCUUUAUUUAAUUUUACAUCUUUUUGAAGCACUGCCACAGGUUAUUAGCCAAGGUGGCCUUCCUCCACGGUCAUGCUGCUUUUUUGAAAGGUGAAUUUCAACACAUUUAGUGCCUCUUUCAUUUCUUGGUAUACUAUUUCAGGAGCUUUGAAUGCAAUUUGUAGGAUGGUAUUGAUGGAAUCGUUACCUGUCUGAGGACUGAAUUAACUUGCUGCCAUUUGCUCUGAAAUUGAAUGCUGUAUGGCUCAAAAAAGAAAUGACAAGAUGGAACAUCCAGAGCUAUUCUGCAGAGUUGGAAGAUUUGUGUGGCAUUAACUCCUCUACUUGUCGGCAUUCCAUUGCCCUCUGUCAGUCCCGACCCCUAAGGCAUGAGGGGGGCCUACUAACUUGAGAAAAAAUGUCCUCUGACAUUGAGGGUUGGCUUUUCCCCAUUACCUGUCACUUUAGAAAACUAUUAAUGUUUUUCAGUUUUGAAACCUUGAAAUGAGAGUAACACAAAUAACACAUCACCACUGUAAACACAUCAAAGGUUUGUUCUAACCAAGGUGAGAAUUUCCAAACCCGUGUUGGAUUAAGCCUUAAAAGACUACUAUGUGUUAUAACCUAAGCUGUGCAAUUUAUAUAGUCAAGGGUGACUGGACCUUUCAUUUAUUUCUUCAUGAAAUUCCCUGCACAGUCUUUAAAUUUAAAAAAAGUCUAUUGAAAAAUACAGUUCAUGAACAAAUAUGAACUCCUUUCUGUUCAAUUAUCUGUUAGUUCCCUAGUGUUUCUUGUUUUUUUUUUAGGAAGUAUAUUUCUGUUAGUAUUUUUCCAAUGAGAAGACUUGUUUGAAUUCACACAUUUAUUGAGAUAGAUAGUACCUACAAGAGGAAAACCAAAUACUGCAAGUGGUCAAUAUAUCUAAAUAGUCUCUUAUUCCCCACAAGAUUAAAAUGCUCCAUCAGAGGCAAAAAUAAAUAAAUAAAUAAAAAGAAAAUUAAUGAGGCAGGGAAUGGCAAGUAAAUUAGAGACUGAUCCUGUUAUCAUGAUCAAUGGAAGGAAUUCACAAACUACUACCAGAGAAAAAUAUAUUUCACUAAAGCUUAAAAAAGAAAACAGAAAAGAGCACCUACAUUUAUUUAAAAAGAAAAGCCUACAAACUUGCUUCUUCCAAGCUUAGCUCUUAAAUUUGGAGAGUCAAAGUUAAACAUCUUAAACAGAGUUUUAUUUAUAAUUUUGAAUCGUCAAUUUGUAUUUUGCUCCUGAUCUCUGAUCAACCAUUUGAGCUUUCAUUCAUCUCUAGGGAUGUUUAAAAAGGAAUACAUUUCUAUGCCUAUAUAAUUGCAAAAUAACCAUAAGUAAGAAACUAAGAGAACUGGUGUUUAAUACUUAUGUGUUUGCAGGUAGGUCGCAUUUUCCUUGUUGAAUAGAUUAUAACCUUGUUAACUAUGCAUAGGCCUAAGAACAGUGGCACAGAAACUGUGCAUGUAAAUUUUAAAUGGGUAUUUUGUGCAAUUCAUUAAGAUACUCUAUAAAAAAGGACUCUAUAUAUUGAAAUCAGAAACCUUACCAAACACAAAAAACAUCAGAAGCUGCUGCCAUAAUGACUAUUUUCUACUGCAGGCUGUUUUGGAAAUAAUUCCAUAUCCUUGCUUUGUAAGUUGAUAAUAUCACUAUGCAUUUCUACACAUUUUAUAAAUUUGAUUUAUGCAGAUUUUGAUACACUGUAUGUUUCUGUAGAAAUUGUAUAAAUAUUCAAAAUUUUAUUAGGGGUAAAUUUGAGAAGUUUAUGUAUAUCUUAAUUCUGGGUUGCUUGUUUUUUAGGUGAGAAAUAAAUAAAAUAUUGUAUUUUAA